AUGCCGCGAGCCGUCCUGCCAACGCUGGUCCGGGGCCAGUACCUGAUGAUCACGCACGCACGCCUCAACGCCUCCGACCCGGACUCCUCGGAGAUCUUCAUCUCGGACGACGUUGUCUUCGUGGACUCGAACCCUUGCCACUCCUUCCAGGCCAUCCGCGAGCAGAUCUUCCAGGCCCACUCGAUGGGCCUUAGCAUGGCCCGCACCGUCAUGAGCGGCUUCAGACCCGACGCCGUCUCCGUCUACACCAUGUUCGACCGCUGGUUCGCCUGGGUCCCGGCGUCAUCGGCUUGGUGCUCAUGUUCCUCCGGAGAUGAGGGAGUUAAGCUCCCUAAGCACCAGCUUUCGGUGCUCAUGUUUCUCCAUGGAGGCGGCGGCGACGUAUGCCGCACCGUAUUGUCAGAAGCUUAUAUGGAUCAGUAUCCUCUGAACCAUGUUGUUUGGGUUGUUACUAAUGCAAGCGGACAGCAGUUCUCCAACAAUUCACAAGCUGGGUCACCUACCGAUGUGAGACUUGCUGUUCAAGAUCAAUAUGUGAUCAUAGAUAAUGGCAUUCUUCAGUUGACGCUAUCAAAUCCUGGUGGGAUUGUGACAGGCAUUCGAUAUAAUGGUGUUGAUAAUCUGCUGGAAGUUGGUAAUGUAGAAGAUAACAGAGGGUACUGGAGUCUUUUCUGGACUGGAAAAUUUGAUCGGAUAAAAGGAACAAAUUUUAGAACAAUAUUUCAGAGCGAAGAGCAGGUAGAAGUUUCAUUCACAAGAACAUGGACUCCAUCCCUCAAUGGCACGCUUAUCCCAUUAAACCUAGACAAAAGGUUUGUUGUGCUCCGUGGCAGCUCAGGAUUCUAUACCUAUGCAAUCUUCGAACACCUGGAAGGAUGGCCUGAAUUCGAUAUAGGGGUACUUAGGGUCGCUUUCAAGCUCAGGAAAGACAAGUUUCAUUACAUGGCAAUAUCAGAUAACAGGCAGAGGAUCAUGCCCAUGCCUGAUGAUCGCAUGCCUGGAAGAUGUCAGCAAUUAGCAUACCCUGAGGCUGUCCUCCUCACUAACCCCAUUAAUCCAGACCUCAAAGGAGAGGUGGAUGACAAGUAUCAAUACUCCAUCGAAGAUCAAGACAACAAGGUCCAUGGAUGGAUAAGCUUUGAUCCUCCAAUUGGCUUCUGGCAGAUCACACCCAGCGAUGAGGCCCGAACAGGAGGGCCUGUUAAGCAGGAUCUAACCUCUCAUGUUGGUCCUACAACCCUUGCUAUAUUUGUCAGCUCUCACUACUCCGGACAAUCACCUAAAUUCAGCUACGGAGAGUACUGGAAAAAAGUUUUUGGCCCCGUGUUUGUUUACCUUAAUUCCGCUUCAGAUGGGAAAGAUCCAAAAAUACUCUGGCAGGAUGCGAAAAAGCAGAUGCAGAGAGAAGUCGAGAGUUGGCCUUAUAGCUUUCCAGUUUCAAAGGACUUCGAAAAGAGCUCACAAAGAGGUUCUGUUAGUGGUAAAUUACUAGUUCGAGAUAGGUACAUACAUGGUGAAGACAUAUAUGCAAAUGGUUCUUAUGUUGGUUUGGCUUUACCAGGAGAAGCAGGAUCGUGGCAAAGAGAAUGCAAGGGAUACCAAUUUUGGACCAGAGCAGAUGCCAAUGGGGGGUUUUCAAUUAGAAAUGUCCGAACCGGACAAUAUAAUCUUUAUGCAUGGGUUCCAGGCUUUAUUGGGGAUUACAAAUAUAGUGCAACCAUAACAAUCACCUCAGGAAAUAAUGUUGAUUUGGGCGACCUUAUUUAUGAACCCCCGAGAGAUAAUGUCACCUUUUGGGAAAUAGGCAUCCCUGACCGUUCUGCUGCUGAAUUCUAUAUUCCAGAUCCAAAUCCUAAAUAUGUUAACAGACUCUACAUCAACGAUCCAGCUAAUAGAUUUAGACAAUAUGGUCUAUGGGAAAGAUAUGCUGAUUUAUAUCCAGACAGAGAUCUUGUCUAUACAAUUGGUAAAAGCGACUAUAAGAAUGAUUGGUUCUUUGCUCAAGUUACCAGGAAGACUGAUCAGAACUCAUAUAAACCAACCACGUGGCAGAUUAAGUUUCAUCUUGAUAGUGUUAAUCCAUCUGGAAGUUAUAAUCUUCGAGUAGCACUUGCAUCUGCUACUCAUUCUAAACUACAAGUUCAUUUUAACAACUUGAAAGCAAAUCCUCCUCACUUUACAGCAGAGCUGAAUGGCAAGGAUAAUGCAAUUGCGAGACAUGGAAUCCAUGGAUUGUAUUGGUUGUACAAUAUCAAUAUACAAAAUAAUUGGCUUGUUCAAGGUGAUAAUACGAUAUUUCUCACUCAGCCUAACAGCCAGAGCCCCUUUCAGGGAAUUAUGUAUGACUACAUCCGAAUGGAAGGACCCUCAAACUCUUAAAUAGAAAUAAUUGAUCUUCUUGGUUACUUGUAGCAUUUGACAAAUAAUAUAUAGUAUUCAAACCAUGCAAGAGUUCAACACCAGAAGUAU